AAAACAACCUCGCGACAGAAUCUCCUCCCAAAGUGGCAACGACCAACGCCAUCCUUGCCCACCUUCCUGAACUUAGCUCAUGUCGGCCACCUCCGUGCGGUCCUUCCUAGACGGCCUGAUGAAGCGGUACGCGCCAGACCCAGCGAAUAUGCAGUCGUCGCCACCGGUCAAGAAGGCACCUGCGGAUUUGGACGUUCGGACACUGGCCAGUCGACCCGACUUGGCUCCGCACUGGCUAGCUCAACUCCAGAAAACCCGCGUGACGCCACUCAAGAGCGGCGUACGCCCCACGGCGUCGAAAGUGGCCAUUCUGGACGACGACCUCAAAGUAUUCCUCAAAUGCAUGGACUUCACGCAGGCGAGGUCGCAUGCGAAGCGCGAGUUCAUUGACGAAUCGGUGCGGAUUCAAGCUCUCAAGCAUCCCCAUCUCGUCCAGGUCCUCGGAUACUCGGUCGUGGCGUACAGCACGACCUUUUGCGUCGUGCUCGAGUUUAUGGAGCUAGGCACGCUGCGGUCAUGCCUUCGAAAUCCAUCGUUCUUUCAUUCCCAAACAGCACCAUCCGCGUCCAACAACACGUCCCCGUCUCCCGCGUCGGCUUAUCAAAUGUGUCUUGACCUAGCCAUGGGAUUGCGUUAUCUCCACAGCCACCGCCUUCCACAUGGGGCCAUUUCAAGCUCCAACGUCCUCGUGCAUGCCAACCGCCAGUGCAAGUGGAACAUCCAGCAACUCAUGCAGUGCCAGCCUCGUCAUUAUUCCAGUCGAAGGGGGCAUGAAGGCGACCGUUUCGGCAUCUGCGACGUCGUGUAUGUUGCCCCCGAACUCUUGCGAUGCAGUACCGUGGAGGAUUUGUUUGCGGCAGACAUUUACGCGUUGGCCGUGCUCUUUGGGGAGAUUUUAACCCAGAAAGCCCCCUUUGCCGACAUCUACGACGCCCUGGGACCCGUCGGCGCGGACGUCCACAUCGCCACCAUCAAGGCCGACCCCACCUCGACCCCCGAAGUGCUCGCGCCGUUUGCAACAACAAUAUGGCCAACUGAGAACGCUCUGAUCAUGGCGAAAUGCCUCGAUCCAACUCCAGCCAAUCGACCGACCAUCGACGCCGUUGUCGUCGCACUCACCCCCCUUGUAGAGAAACCAACUCACGUUCUAGAGUCUUAAUAGCAUGAAAACAGCCGAAACAACUAUUCAUACAGUAACUAACUAGUACUAAUACUUUGGGA